AACUUUAAUAAACUCACGAAGAAGAACAGCGGGAUGGGCUUUGAGUUACAAGGGCUUUAACAUUUCGUUCGCUGCGGAUAAACAAAGCUGUGUGCCUUCUGAGAGGAGAAGAACAAAAACUGUUUGGACCGGGAGCAAAACACGGACAGCCUGCCUAAUUUCAUAUUCCAUCCAAGACAAAUGUUUUUAAGUCAUGGAUCAAGGUAUUGUGGACAGUCCUGUUACCCUUGUCAUCAGGGCCCCAAACCAAAAAUACAAUGACCAGACAAUCAACUGUUACCCGAACUGGACUGUGGAGAAACUCAAAGCCCACCUGUCUGAUGUUUACCCAAGUAAACCUAGCUCCAAAGACCAGAGGCUGGUGUAUUCUGGAAAACUACUUUUGGAUCACUUCACCUUGAAAGAUGUGCUCAGGAAGCAGGACGAGUACCAUAUGCUCCAUCUGGUGUGCGCCUCCAGAACCCCUCCCAGCUCCCCGAAGCCUCCCCGCAGCCGCAGUAACAAGCCCCGGGAGAGCGCAGCCGGUCCCACGCAGGCCCCUCAAAGUUCCAACAGUCAGAAUGGACAGGCGUCUGCAGCAGGGAGCAGUGAUGGGAUGAGGCAGCAGGCUGGAUCUCUUCCUUAUCACCAGCUGUAUUCAGAGUUUAUGCAGAGCUGGAGUCAGAGUCCACUGAACGUCCCUCCACCAAACAUGCCCACUUAUUACAACCCCUUGACACUAAUGUGGUGGCAGCAGCUGUACUUCAGGCAAUACUACAUGCAUUAUCAGUUACUGGCUGCCUCCUCCCAGCACCUUAGACCCGACCAGCCCAGUUCAACUCAAUCCAACCAGUCUGAUCCUCUGAGCCGGCGGCCGCAAGCGGGACGCCACGGCAACCCGGAAGUCCAGAUGAACGCCCAGGGAGGGGAGAUCCUGAACGAGGAAGAGCUCAACAGGGACUGGCUGGACUGGGUGUACACAUUUUCACGUGCUGCCAUUUUACUGAGCAUAGUUUACUUCUACUCAUCCUUCAGCCGCUUCAUCAUGGUGAUGAUGGCCAUGCUGGUGCUCUACCUGCAUCAGGCCGGCUGGUUUCCCUUUAAUCUGGAGAACGACUUGCAGCUGCCUGGAGACAGGCCCAAUCAGGAGGACGAGGAGGGAGAGCAGCAAAAUCAAGACUUGCAGGAAAUGGAAGGAGCGAACGAUGACGGCUCCGACGACGACGACGGAGAGAGCGGAGAGGAAGGUGCAGAGGAUCCGAACAGCGUCCCAAACGCAGGCUUCCUGUCCUCCACUUGGUCCUUCAUCAUAACGUUCUUCAUGUCACUCAUCCCAGAAGGGCCACAGAAUGCCGCCAACUGAACGCUGGGGCGCCACGAGCCGCUGCGGAUCUCUGAAGAGGAUGACUUCCUGCUUAGGAACUGUUCUAUUAAGAUGCUGGUUUCCCAGACUUGAGCUGAAAUACAAACAACCCAUCCAGACUAGGAAAAAAGGCAGUAUUUUUACAUUUUUCUUUUUUUAGGUUUGGUCGUCUUCAUAGUGACAAACAUUUCAAAUUGUCAAAUGACACUAAUAUAAGAUGAUGGACUGAAAUAGCUGUUGAUGCCUUCUAAACAGAAACGGCAUUAUGAGGAAAAGAAAAGAGAACUCUUGGUGAGUUCAUCAACUUAUUUUUUAAAUAAGCAGCAAUAUAUGUUUAAAAGGUUUUGGUUGUGGUGGGUGUAUCAAUAAGACACUUUAAAAUGGCCACUUUAGUAGAAAUAUUAAGUCUGUGAAUAACAAUAACGAAUCGUCGCACUUAUUAUGUAUUAAACGGCAUAAAGUGAAUUUGGUCUGAAGGUUUCCUGGUGUGUACUGUGCUGAGCUGUAACCCGAUGUGGUUUAAGGGUUUGUCUUUUGACAAAACUGACUUUUGAGAAACUGAACAGAAGGGGGCGACAGAGUGUAAAGUACGGACGUUGCAACAUUUAAUGGAAAGUUUUUGUAAUGUAGAUAAAGAGGAUGAAAUAUGCACUGCCAGAAUGCAGAAAGGCAAACGAUGCAUCUAUUAAGCUCUUGGAAAUGACUGCUGCUGUUACUAACGUGAAAAAAAAAAAAGAAUUUUGUUCAUGUUUAUUAAAACUACAUGAUGUGUAA